CUGAGGGCUGCGGGAGGUGCUCCUCUGAGGGGCUGAGAGGGGAAUUCCGCCCUAAUCGUGGAGACGCGGGGAGCGGCGCUCGUAGCGUGCCGGAAUACAGGUUGUGGAAGUUCAGGGCUGACCCCGGAGUUCUAGCUGAAGUCCCUCUUGCUUUGAGAAGCACAAUGACUGCUCAGUCUUGAGAACAGAGCACAGAAGGUCUGCCAGCACACUCUUCCCAAGGCUGUGGGUGGCUCCAGGCUGCUGCGUCCCGAGGCUUUCUCCUGCGGAGGUCUCUGACCCCUUCCUACAGCAGUGCCAGACUUCCAGGUUUAGCAAGCAAGGCUAGAAUUGGAAGCAAGAUGACAGCUAAAGAGGUGUGACGAGGCUUCUCUUGCUAUAUUUGCACUUACUCGGAAGGUUCCCGCACAGCGUGCGUGCUGAAGAUGGUGCAGAAAUACCAGUCCCCAGUUCGAGUCUACAAAUACCCUUUUGAGCUCGUCAUGGCAGCAUACGAAAAGCGCUUUCCUACGUGCCCAGAGAUCCCGGUCUUCCUAGGAAGUGAAAUCCUGCAUGAAUCCAAAAGCGAUGAUGGAGCAAUCCAUAUCAUUGAACGGAGCUGCAAAUUGAAUGUGGAUGCUCCUAGGUUGCUAAAGAAGAUUGCAGGGGUAGAGUAUGUUUUCUUCAUACAGAAAAACACAGUGAACUGGAAGGAGCGAACUCUCCGCAUCGAAGCCCACAAUGAGACUUUUGCCAACCGUGUGGUCGUCCUUGAGACAUGCAGCUACUCAGUUCACCCUGAGAACGAGGAGUGGACGUGCUUUGAACAGUCUGCAUCUCUCGACAUCAAGUCGUUUUUUGGCUUCGAAAGCACGGUGGAAAAGAUUGCCAUGAAGCAGUACACGUCAAACAUCAAACGGGGCAAGGAAGUUAUUGAGCACUACCUGAAGGAGCUGAUCUCCCAAGGAAUCACGUUCAUCCCUCGUUGGACACCUCCUGUGGCACAGGGACAGAAGGCAGAACAAGCCCCAGCAGCCAGCCACGACACCAGUGAUGCAGCCCUCGAGGCUGGGGCUCAUGGAGCUACCAAAGAGCAAACGGGCAGCUCCUGCCCCCCAGCAGAGCCCGUCAGCCCUGAUGCUGACAAAUUGGAUGCUGAUUACAUUGAGCGAUACCUGGGCCAGCUGACUCCAAUGCAAGAGAGCUGCUUGAUCCGACUUCGGCAGUGGCUUCAGGAAACCCACAAAGGCAAGAUCCCCAAAGAUGAACACAUCCUUCGAUUCCUGCGGGCUCGUGACUUCAACAUUGACAAAGCUCGGGAGAUGCUCUGCCAGUCUCUGUCCUGGAGAAAGCAGUACCAGGUGGAUUACAUCCUCCAGUCCUGGAGGCCCCCAGCCCUGCUAGAUGAGUACUACACCGGAGGAUGGCAUUAUCAAGACAGAGAUGGGCGACCACUCUACAUCCUUCGUCUUGGCCAGAUGGACACAAAAGGUUUGGUGAAAGCCCUGGGAGAAGAGUCACUGCUGCGACACGUUCUGUCAAUUAACGAAGAAGGACAAAAGAGAUGUGAGGAGAAUACCAACCUCUUUGGACGCCCCAUCACAUCCUGGACGUGUCUGGUGGACUUGGAAGGGCUGAAUAUGCGGCACCUCUGGCGGCCUGGAGUCAAGGCCCUACUUCGGAUUAUUGAGGUUGUAGAGGACAACUACCCUGAAACUCUGGGACGACUGCUGAUAGUGCGAGCACCCAGAGUUUUUCCUGUGCUUUGGACUCUGGUCAGUCCAUUUAUUAACGAGAACACAAGGCAGAAGUUCCUUAUUUACAGUGGGAACAACUACCAGGGUCCAGGAGGGCUGGUAGACUAUGUAGACAAGGAGGUGAUCCCAGACUUCCUAGGAGGAGACUGCAUGUGUACUGUUCCAGAGGGUGGGCUCGUUCCCAAGUCACUUUAUCAAACGGAUGAAGAGCCAGAGAAUGCAGAUCACAUCCGUCUAUGGACAGAAACUAUCUAUCAUUCUGCAAGUGUCCUCAGAGGAGCUCCACACGAGAUAGUUGUGGAGAUUUUGGAAGGGGAGUCUGUGAUCACCUGGGACUUCGAUAUCCUGAAGGGAGAUGUGGUGUUCAGCCUCUUCCACUCAAAAAGAGCUCCAGAAACAAGUCAUAAAGAAGCCACGUUACCAAGUACCUCUGCUGCUGGGGACAACGUGCAGCUGAUUGAUAAGACGUGGGUCCUUGGUGUAGAUUACAGCCGUGUGGAAUCUCCACUGGUUUGCAGGGAAGGAGAGAGCAUCCAGGGAUCCCAUGUGACUCGCUGGCCCGGCUUCUACAUUCUCCAGUGGAAAAUGCAUGGUCCCCUGCCCUGCUCUGGCACCAGCCUCCCUCGGGUGGAUGAUGUUCUUGCCUCUCUGCAAGUUUCCAGUCACAAGUGCAAGCUAAUUUACUACUACGAGGUGCUUGCAUCCAAGGACUUCAGGGGAUCCAUGUCAAGCCUGGAAUCUUGCAACAGCGGAUUUUCCCAGCUGAGUGGAGCCACGACAUCUUCCAGCCAGUCCCAGAGCAGCUCCCAUCUCUCCAGAUAGCAGGGCUGAUGCUGCAGCACAAGGAAACGUUGCUCAGGGCUUCCUGGCCGCCCCGGAGCUGCUCUGUGCACAAACCAAAGAACCUGCAGGGCUGAGCAGUGGGGCUGGCACUGUGUGACUGCAGGCAGCAGCCACUGCGCAAUGAGGAGCUUCUGUUCCCAGCAGGGGACUCAGUGCUGAAACAGCAGGUGUAGUUUUCUAUCAGAUGCCUACUUCUCAGUAGAAUAUUUCUUAAAUGGUGUUUUUGGAUGAAUGUCAAUUUGCAUGAAUUUGUGUAUUACUCAACUCUCAAGGGCUCCUUCCAAUCAGUCCUUUUCCCUCGCGUGGUAGAGGAGACUGAUGUUGCCUUAUCUGAUUGGUCUGUAGGACUAGAUUAUUCACCUGUAGCAAAAUUAAUCUCGUUUUCUGGGUGCCCAGGGUACCAAUUGCUUGUCAGAAGGUAAAGUGGGCAUUUCAGGUGCAGGGACUUGAAGCAAACUGUAAAUACUUCAAUAUGGGUAUUUUAGAGAUUAGAUCCAGGUCAAACCUAAAACCUCUUCCUAUCUGACAGGAUGCUAUUAGGAAAUGUGUUGGAUUUUUUUUUAACCCACCGAGACACAAAAAUCAAAACUGUUCUCUAGAAAGUAG